AUGGAAUUUUACGAGGAGGUCUUCAAAUUCACAUUUUGUAAGUACUUCUUCAAAGGAAAGUGCACACGCGGUAGUGCAUGCACCUUCGCCCACGGGAUUGAGGAGUUGCGCGAACGGCCGCAGCUGAGCAAAACUCGCAUCUGCGAGAAGUGGCGACAGGGUUUGUGCGAGCACGUCAACUCCGAGGACUGCAAGUUUGCUCACGGAAAGGAAGACUUGAGAAUUGCAAAGCCUGGCAUUUGCGACCUUCACCGACAGGGUGAGUUACAAACAGCUGCUUCCUUCGUCUGCACAUCUUUCGUGUUUCUCUAG